CUGAGAAGGGACCUGGUAGAGGGGGUCAUCUGACACCCUCAUUGUUUUCCUUUUUACCCCCUCCUGUCCAUCAAUGGAAGAAAAGGAUAAACUCUUGGCCAUGAGGCUGCUGGUGCUCCUGGUUUUCCUCUCUCAGGUUCCGGUGACUGUUCAGCUGUUGGACACUAGACAAUUUUUAAUAUAUAAUGAAGAUCACAAGCGUUGUGUGGAAGCACUGAGCCCCAGUGCAGUUCAAACUGCAGUUUGCAACCCGGACAAUGAAUCACAGAAAUUCCGAUGGGUGUCUGAUUCCCAGGUUAUGAGUGUUGCAUUUAAAUUAUGCUUGGGGGUCCCAUCCAAAACCGAUUGGGUUGCUAUUACUCUAUAUGCCUGUGACUCCAAGAGUGAAUUUCAGAAAUGGGAGUGCAGAAAUGAGACACUUUUUGGAAUCAAGGGAGAAGAUUUAUUUUUUAACUAUGGCAACAGACAAGAAAAGAAUAUUAUGCUAUACAAGGGAUCGGGUUUAUGGAGCAGAUGGAAGAUCUAUGGAACCACAGAUGAUUUAUGCUCUAGAGGUUAUGAAGCCAUGUUUACACUUCUGGGCAAUGCAAAUGGAGCAACCUGUGCAUUUCCUUUCAAGUUUGAAAACAAGUGGUAUGCGGAUUGUACAAGUGCUGGGCGAUCAGAUGGAUGGCUCUGGUGUGGAACCACCACAGAUUAUGACACAGACAAACUAUUUGGAUUUUGUCCAUUGAAAUUUGAGGGCAGUGCGAGCUUAUGGAAUAAAGAUCCGUUGACUAGCAUUUACUACCAGAUAAACUCCAAAUCUGCUUUAACUUGGCACCAGGCAAGGAAGAGCUGUCAACAACAGAACGCCGAACUGUUGAGCAUCACAGAGAUACAUGAGCAAACAUACCUGACAGGAUUAACCAGUCUCUUGACUUCGGGACUCUGGAUUGGACUUAACAGUCUGAGUUUCAACAGUGGCUGGCAGUGGAGUAGUGGCAGUCCUUUCCGUUAUUUGAACUGGCUACCAGGAAGCCCAUCAGCUGAACCUGGAAAAAGCUGUGUGUCACUAAAUCCUGGGAAGAAUGCUAAAUGGGAAAAUCUGGAAUGUGUUCAGAAACUAGGCUAUAUUUGUAAAAAGGGCAACACUACUUUGGAUCCUUUUGUUAUUCCCUCAGAACGUGAUGUGCCUACUAACUGUCCCAGUCAGUGGUGGCCAUACGCAGGCCACUGUUACAAGAUUCACAGAGAGGAGAAGAAAAUCCAAAGAGGUGCUUUGAUUGCAUGUAGGAAAGAAGGUGGUGAUCUGGCAAGUAUCCACAGCAUUGAGGAAUUUGACUUUAUUUUCUCCCAGCUGGGAUAUGAGUCAAAUGAUGAGUUGUGGAUUGGUUUGAAUGAUAUCAAGAUUCAAAUGUACUUUGAAUGGAGUGAUGGAACACCUGUAACAUUUACCAAAUGGCUGCGUGGAGAACCAAGCCAUGAAAACAACAGGCAGGAAGACUGUGUUGUGAUGAAAGGCAAGGAUGGACUCUGGGCAGAUCGGGCCUGUGAGCAGCCUCUUGACUACAUCUGCAAAAUGAAAGCACAAACCCAAGCUCCAGGAAUAGUGGAAGUAGAAACAGGCUGCCGGAAAGGCUGGAAAAGACAUGGAUUUUACUGCUAUUUGAUUGGACACACACUUUCAACAUUUACAGAAGCAAACCAAACUUGUGGAAAUGAGAAGGCUUAUCUAACAACUAUUGAAGACAGAUAUGAACAAGCCUUUCUGACGAGUUUGGUUGGAUUGAGGCCAGAAAGAUAUUUUUGGACUGGACUUUCAGAUGUACAAACCAAAGGAACCUUUCAAUGGACCAUUGAGGAAGGGGUUCAUUUCACCCACUGGAAUGCAGAUAUGCCUGGACGAAAGGCAGGGUGUGUUGCCAUGAGAACGGGGAUUGCAGGGGGACUAUGGGAUGUUUUGAAAUGUGAUGAGAAGGCAAAAUUUGUGUGUAAACACUGGGCAGAAGGAGUAACUCGCCCACCAGAGCCUACCACCACUCCUGAACCCAAAUGUCCAGAGGAUUGGGGCACCACCGGUAAAUCAAGCUUGUGUUUCAAGCUUUUUACAAAAGGAAAACAUGACAAGAAAACAUGGUUUGAAUCUCGAGAUUUUUGUAGAGCUCUGGGUGGAGAUCUAGCUAGUAUCAAUAAUAAAGAGGAACAACAAGCCAUCUGGCGGUUGAUAACGAGUAGUUCAAGCUACCAUGAACUGUUUUGGUUGGGAUUGACAUACGGAAAUCCAUCAGAGGGCUUUUCUUGGAGUGACGGCUCUCCUGUUUCAUAUGAACAUUGGGCUUAUGGAGAACCCAAUAAUUAUCAAAAUGUUGAAUAUUGUGGUGAGCUGAAAGGUGACCCUGGCAUGUUCUGGAAUGAUAUUAACUGUGAACAUCUUAACAACUGGAUUUGUCAGAUAAAAAAAGGACAAACACCAAAACCUGAGCCAACACCAGCUCCCCAAGACAAUCCACCAGUCACUGAAGAUGGGUGGGUUAUUUACAAAGAAUACCAGUAUUAUUUUAGCAAAGAGAAGGAAACCAUGGUCAAUGGACGAGAAUUUUGCAAGAGGAAUUUUGGUGAUCUUGUUUCUAUUCAAAGUGAAAGUGAAAAGAAGUUUCUAUGGAAAUAUGUAAACAGAAAUGAAGCCCAGUCAGCCUAUUUUAUUGGCUUAUUGAUCAGCUUGGAUAAAAAGUUCAUUUGGGUGGAUGGAAGCAAAGUGGAUUAUGUGGCUUGGGCCACAGGUGAACCCAAUUUUGCAAAUGAUGAUGAAAACUGUGUAGCCAUGUAUUCAAAUUCAGGGUUUUGGAAUGACAUUAAUUGUGGUUAUCCACAUGCCUUCAUUUGCCAGCGGCAUAAUAGCAGCAUCAAUGCCACAGUUCUUCCUACCACACCCCCAGUCAAAGGUGGUUGUGAGGAAGGUUGGAAAUUUUACAAUAACAAGUGUUUAAAAAUCUUUGGAUUUAUUGAAGAAGAAAGAAAAAAUUGGCAAGAAGCACGAAAGGCUUGCAUAGGAUUUGGAGGAAAUCUGGUAUCCAUACGCAAUGAAAAAGAGCAAGCAUUUCUUACCUAUCAAAUGAAGGGCUCCAAUUUUAAUGCCUGGACUGGGCUGAAUGAUGUCAAUUCAGAGCACACGUUCCUUUGGACGGAUCAGCAGGGAGUUGAUUAUACAAACUGGGGGAAAGGUUAUCCUGGCGGAAGAAGAAGCAGUCUGUCUUAUGAAGAUGCUGACUGUGUUGUUAUUAUUGGAGGCAAAUCAAGGGAUGCAGGAAAAUGGAUGGAUGAUACUUGUGACAGUAAGCGAGGCUAUAUAUGCCAGACAUUACCUAACCCUUCCUUACCUGUUUCUCCAACAACAAUUCCUACAGAUGGUUUUAUUAAUUUUGGUGAAAGCAGCUAUUCACUCAUUGACUUGAAGCUUUCAUGGUAUGAAGCAGAGAAGUAUUGCACACUUCACAAUUCCCAUAUUGGAAGCAUUCUAGAUCCCUAUAGCAAUGCAUUUGUGUGGAUGCAAAUGCAAAAAUUGAAUGUACCUGUGUGGAUCGCCCUGAAUAGUAACUUGACCAAUAAUGAAUAUGUUUGGAUUGAUAAAUGGAGAGUGAGGUACACUAAUUGGGCUGCUGAUGAACCCAAACUGAAAUCAGCCUGUGUUUAUCUGGAUAUUGAUAGCUACUGGAAGACAGCAUAUUGCAAUGAAAGUUUCCAUUCUCUCUGUAAAAGAUCAAAUGACACGCCUGCCACUGAACCUCCACAACUGCCUGGCAGAUGCCCGGAGUCAGAGCAUACAGCGUGGAUUCCUUUCCACGGCCACUGCUAUUAUAUUGAGUCUUCGUACACAAAGAACUGGGGCCAUGCUUCUCUAGAAUGUCUUAGAAUGGGUUCCUCUUUGGUUUCCAUUGAAAGCGCUGCUGAAUCCAGUUUUCUGUCAUAUCGUGUUGAGCCACUUAAAAGUAAAACCAAUUUUUGGAUAGGAUUGUUCAGAAAUGUUGAAGGAAUGUGGCUCUGGAUAAACAACAAUCCAGUCUCCUUUGUCAACUGGAAUGCAGGAGACCCCUCUGGUGAACGCAAUGACUGUGUCACUUUACUUGCUUCUUCUGGGUUUUGGAAUAACAUUCACUGCUCUUCCUACAAAGGAUAUAUUUGUAAAAGACCAAAAAUUAUUGAUGCUGAACCUGAACCUACUCAUACAUUGAUGACAACAAAAGCUGACUCAAGGAAGAUGGGCCCUUCCAAACCAUCUUCUAGCGUGGCAGGAGUAGUUGUCAUUGUGAUCCUCCUGAUUCUAACUGGUGCUGGCCUCGCUGCAUAUUUCUUUUAUAAAAAAAGACAUGUGCAACUACCUCGAGAAGACACCUUUGAAAACACCCUCUAUUUUAACAGUAGAUCAAGUCCAGGAAGUAGUGAUACAAAAGAUCUCAUGGGCAACAUUGAACAGAAUGAACAUGCAGUCAUUUAGUAUCAUAAUGUAAUUUAGAUAUAUUUGAAUUUUAUAAGAUUGUAACUAAAAUGUUAAAGUCUUUAAUUCAAUGUGACUGUUUCCUUUAAGACUAGUACUGUAUCGCACGCUGUCUUUCUCUCUUUGCCUUUUUGAAGAAAUAAUUGCUCGUUUUCUAGCCUGGCAAGAUCUUUUCACAAAACAGGAAUAAUAAUAUUGACUACAACUUGUUAAAAUAUCUUAGGGCAAUACAUAGCACAACAGUGCUAACAUUAAAGCAUCAUCAGUGUGCUGUUAGUGUUAACUUUAAGCAGAUUCUAAGAACCCUAAAGCAGCCAACUAAGGUUCCUGAAAUGCUUUAAAGAACUUCCAAAGAUAGUUACGUAUUGAAACACAGUUCAGCAACUGGAAGACCAUUUUAAAAAUUAAGUACAAAUAACCUCAGGUAGAAUAAAAAAUUAGUCACUUUCUCUUCCUGGUCUUGAUUUUCACUCCAAUUACUAACGAUCGUUUUUGUUCAUGUGCAGAAAGAAAUAAGGCAGCUGAGAAUCUUGUUUUCCCCAAACAGGGUUUUACAGCCUGAAUAUUCCAUGUGUGUUCUUGGCCCUGAUGUGUGUAUAUCAGGAAUGCAAAGAUGUGAAAUAAAAAUGUACAUUUGCAUAACUGGAUGUAUUUAGAUAAUGUGAAAUAAACUUCAAAGACAAGGUCUAUUUUUAAUAGAUUUGCAUUUUGGUGAUCUUUGUAAGUGUUAGUUUGCUUUGAAAUGAGAUUAUUUAUCCAUUUGCUUUACACUUAACUUUACCCUUAAAAUAAAAUAAAAAAAAAAAUUAGUGGAGAAAUUCUUUAAAUUAAACCUUUCAUCUCUUUGGAAAAGAAACACUGCUAAAACACGGUGUGUAAAAUGGAUUUUUUUUUACCGUAAUGACUUGCACAAAUGCCCCACAUCUUCCCCUAAAACAUUGACUCAACUCAGAAUUAAACAUUCAAAGGCACAGUUACUGGGACUUACGAACUGUAAAUUUCCCCCUUUAGCAAUUCCUUUCGGCUUGAAUAUUUUGCCUUAGAUAAAGUGUCAUAUACGUUGUGAAAUACUUUGGAGGUUUCAGUCCCCACACAGGUAUCACACUGCCAGCUCAUCCUUUGACUUUCCCAAGGGACUGUCGUGCGUAGGGGCUCCUUCCCUGGGGUCCCUGGACAGGACUCCUUGGAUGGCAUUAAGUGGUCAACGAAGGCCUAAAAAUUGCGUGCAAAAUCUUGGAUCUAUUUGUGUUUGUGUACUUUUUUUCUGGGAAGAAAAUCACUAGAUUUUCAAGAAGGUUCAUAAUUCACAAAAGAUUAAGAAGCAGCAUAUUGGGUGAGGGGAGGGGGUGAGUGUUGAGUUUCCAAUAUCCCCAGCUUAGCUAGGAGAUAGGUAGAAAAAAAUAGGAAGUGAGAGGUGGGCAAUUGUGGGAAAGGUUGCUCAGCACAACUAACUCCCUCCCACGCCUCAAACAAUAGAAAACAAAUUGCUUUUCAUUUUCUUGGUAAGAUAAAAGCAUAUUCCAUUUGAAGAGGCCCCAAUGGAAACAACAGCUGCAGAGUUAAAGCAGUAUGUGGGGAAUUAUAGUAAGGAAACCUCUUUCCCAAUAUAUAUAUUUUUUCUUCAAAAUAUAAGACAGACAAAGGACUAAUUGUCCAUGGCUACCAAGGCCUCCACCAGACUGAGUCCAGUACAGCUAGAUGGUGC